CAGCUGCUCUCCGUGAUGGAGGACUGGCCACUGCACAGCACGUCCACCUCCGACGGGGACAAAACACAUGUCUUUGCCCUGGCUGCAAUCAGGGUGAUUUGGGAGAUCCUCCAGGCGCUCCAGUGCCCAGAGCCAUUGAAAAAGCAUUCCCCCCGUCUCCUCGUGGAUCUGCUCUUCCAGAUUUCCAUCAGCCCAGAGCAGACUCCAGAGGAAGUUGACACCUUGUGGAGGGAAUGUCAGAAGCAAUACAACCUUCCAACAGACUCCAAGAGGUUUGCAGUGCUGACCCUGAAGGCCCUGCUUUGUCAUCUCGAGUGUGAAGAUGUUGUGCUUUCAAUGGAACGGAAGCGCGGCUGGGACACACUCCUCAGUGCUGACACCCACCACAAUGCAGUGGGUCUGCUGGCCAGGGAGAUGCGCCGUGCCUCGAGCCCCUUGUAUUACCCGAUUGCCCUCUGCCUGCUGAGGCUGCUCACCAGGGAGAAGACCUCCUGGGAGCUCCCUGCCAUGGCAUUCCUUGUGGAGGCCCUGGACUGCCCGGACAUGACUGAAUGGAGUGACAGCAUCCUGGAGAUCCUUUCCAGGCGCCUCUGGAGCCAGUGCACAGAGAUGCAUCGCCUGGUGCUGAGAGGCCUCGUGCUGCUGAGCAAGGCUCCUGGGAUGGCUGACGGUGUGCGGAGCCUGACACCAAGCCUCGUGGAGCUACUGUGCUAUACAGGCGGAGAGCUGGUGGGGAUGGUCCUCUCUGUACUCAUCAAUCAAGUCCAGGACAGAGACAUCCCAAUCUCCACCCCCACUGCCCUGCGGCUGGCUGAGCUGCUCCCGCCACUCUUUGGCUACGACAACAUCCAUGUGCAGCUGCUCUCCAUUUACCUCUUCCAAAAGGUGAUGGAGUUGGCAGUGGAUAAGAGUAAACAACUCCUGAAGACACACGUCAUCUACAGCCUGCUCCCACUUUUUUUCCACUGGCAUCAUGAGAACCAGGACGUGGCAGAAGCCUCUCGGAAAGCGCUGCUUCGUGCAGCGGGGUUGCUGAAGAGGAGGGAUCUGGUGAAGCUGCUGAAGACAGAGCAGCCUUGGAGGUUCAGUGAGUGCCUGCUGGAAAACGACAAGAGAAGAGCAGUCGAGUACGCCUGCCAGGCCCUGCCGUACCUGGAGAGCCCACAGGAGCCCGUGCGAGAGGCGGCCCUCAGGUUCAUUGGGAUCGCCGGGAGGUACAUGAGGGGCCAGCGGGUAGAGCUGCAGGUCGCCAUUAACGUUAUUGAAGACAUGACUCCCGACAGCGCUGCUGUCAAAAGCCUGGCACUUCAAACCCAGGAAAUCCUUAGAGCUGUCCAGAGACCUCAGUCUUCUCCAGGUUCCAGCAGUUUGAAGAUCAGCUCCAGAAGGUGCAGAAUAGGGAGGCUCCUCUCUGGGGCAGCUGCCGGAGGUCAGCGGAGAACUUAUUCUGGGAACCCUGUCUGAUGGGCCCACCUGAGCCUGCGGGACAGAACCCUCUCUUCAGCAAGUUCCUGUUACCCCAACUUGAGACUAUGAAAUUCCUCUCAGCAUA